AUGCAUCUUAACGCCCUUCUUGCCCUCACGGCAGCCACCACGGCCCUCGCCAAGCCAAGCCCCCAGGGUUCUUCCACCAGCUCAGGGAGCGUCCCUCAAGUGUCCGUCAAGGGGAACGCCUUCUACGCCGGCGACAAGCGUUUCUACGUCCGCGGCGUCGCCUACCAACCGGGCGGCAGCUCCAACAUCGCGGACCCUAUUGCCGAUGUCGAGAGCUGCCGACGGGACGUCAAGAAGUUCGAGGAGUUGGGCAUCAACACGAUCCGCGUGUACACGGUCGACAGCACCGCAAACCACGACGAGUGCAUGAAGCUGCUCGCGGACGCCGGCAUCUACCUGGCGCUGGACGUGAAUUCGCCCAAGUACAGCCUCAACCGCGCGGACCCCGAGCCGUCGUACAACGACGUCUACCUCCAGAGCGUGUUCGCCGCCAUCGACGCGUUUGCCAACUACGACAACACACUGCUGUUCUUCUCCGCUAACGAGGUGAUCAACGAUAACGACACGACGAAAGCGGCGCCGUGGGUGAAGGCGGUGACGCGAGACAUGCGGCAGUACAUCGGAUCGCGCGGAUACCGCGCGAUCCCCGUCGGAUACUCGGCGGCGGACGUGGACGAGAACCGAUUCGAGAUGGCGGAGUACAUGAACUGCGGAACGGAUGAUGAGCGGUCGGACUUCUUCGCUUUCAAUGACUAUUCCUGGUGCCCGCCGUCAACGUUCGACGAGUCCGGGUGGAAGGCCAAGGUUGAGCAGUACUCCAAAUACAACAUUCCCCUUUUCCUCUCUGAAUUCGGCUGCAAUAAAAAGGAGCGCACUUUCGAAGAAGUCACUGCUCUCUACUCCGACAAGAUGACCUCCGUCUACUCUGGCGGUCUUGUCUACGAAUACUCCGAAGAGGGCAGCAAGUACGGACUCGUGCAAAUCAACGGUGAUGAGGUUAGCAACCUCGACGACUUCGACAUCCUCCGCACCGCCCUUGAGGGCGCCAGUCCCCCUGACGGCGAUGCCGGAGCGUCUACCGGCGGCGAAGCCAGUAAAUGCCCUGCGAAGAGCUCAUCCUGGGAAGUCGGCGACGACAAGCUCCCGGCCAUCCCGGAACCGGCCAUGGAGUACAUGGAGAAGGGUGCCGGUCCGGGACCGGGGUUGAGUGGCGACGGCAGCCAGAACGCGGGGACGGGCAGCUCCGGGACGGCGACGCCGGGCAGUGGGAAGGUGACGGCGACGGCAACGGCGGGUGGAGGCGCGGGUGCGAGCUCGACUGCGGCUGCGGCGCGUUCGGUGCAGGUGCCGGGAUGGAAGGGGGAUAUGGGCAUGUUCAUGACGUGCGCCGUGGUCCUGGUGUCGACAGGUGUAGGGAUGUCGCUGUUGUAA